UCACUACUCAGAGGGAGGGAGGGAGGGAGGUUACACAGGCUGACUGAACUGAGGAGCUCAGCUGCCAACACUCAACACUGCCUGCUGCUGCUGCUGUACUCUGGGCAAGGGGAGGGAGGGAGAAAAGAAGGAGAAGAAGAAAAUAAAGAAAGAGAGAGCAGAUAAGUAGAGGGGGGAAAUCUGAGAAAGAAGGAAAAGCAAAGGACACCUCCCUCCCUACAGAGAGAAGACUUUCCAUGUAGCAGGGGAAAGAGGGAGAAGCCUGAAGCUCAGAAACUGUGAGAGAAGCUUUCCUACCAAGUUACUUAAUCCCUGGAGAGAGGAGGGAGAUUAAUAAUAACAACAGUUGCUGAUGAUAAUAAUUAUACAUAACCUCUAAUAAUUUAAACCCAAAGAAAGUUCAAUGCAAUAUUCUAAGCUAUUUCUAGUUGCCUCUUCGGGGUAACUUUGGAAGACUUGCUGCUGCUGCUGCUGCUGCUGGUGUCGCCUGGAGGUGAGAGAGGAGCCUCGGAAGAAGGAAGGAGAAGUUUCGUGGGGCUUGUUUGCACAGGAGGAGAAGAUGGGCUGGAAGAGUCGCUGCUGCUGGGGAGGCGGAGGAGGAGGGGACCGUCUCUGCCUGCUCACCCUCUUGCUGGGGUUCCUGCUACCCGCCUGCAGGACUCGAAUGUACACCAACCACUGGGCUGUGAGGAUAACUGGGGGGCAUCAGGAAGCCAGCAGGAUAGCUAGCAAAUACGGAUACGUCAAUAUAGGACAGAUUGGAGCACUGAAGGAUUAUUACCACUUCUAUCAUAGUAAAACAAUUAAAAGGUCAGUUCUCUCAAGUAGAGGUACCCACAGCUUCAUUUCAAUGGAACCAAAGGUGGAGUGGAUACAACAACAGGUAGUUAAAAGAAGGAUAAAGAGGGAUUAUAAACCUGGUGGUACUCAAUCCACUUAUUUCAAUGAUCCCAAGUGGCCAAGCAUGUGGUACAUGCACUGCAGUGAUAACACCCAUCACUGUCAGUCAGAUAUGAACAUAGUAGGUGCUUGGAAGAGAGGCUACACCGGAAAGAAUGUCGUGAUCACCAUCCUGGAUGAUGGCAUUGAGAGAACCCACCCAGACUUGAUGCAGAAUUAUGAUUCGAACGCCAGCUAUGAUGUCAAUAGCAACGAUAUUGACCCCAUGCCUCGGUAUGAUGCCAGCAACGAAAACAAGCAUGGAACUCGUUGUGCUGGGGAAGUGGCAGCCAUUGCAAACAACUCACACUGCACAGUAGGAAUCGCCUUUAAUGCCAAGAUCGGAGGAGUGAGGAUGCUGGAUGGUGAUGUUACAGACAUGGUGGAAGCAAAGUCUCUCAGUCUGAAUCCACAACAUAUACACAUCUACAGUGCCAGCUGGGGUCCUGAUGAUGAUGGGAAGACUGUGGACGGACCUGCUUCUCUAGCACGUCAGGCCUUUGAGAAUGGCAUCAGAACAGGACGAAAUAAGUUAGGUUCCAUUUUUGUUUGGGCGUCUGGAAAUGGUGGAAGGAGUAAGGACCAUUGCUCCUGCGAUGGCUACACCAAUAGCAUCUACACUAUUUCCAUAAGCAGCACAGCUGAAAGCGGAAAAAAACCUUGGUAUCUGGAAGAAUGUGCAUCCACCCUAGCUACGACUUACAGCAGUGGGGAAUCCUACGACAAGAAAAUAAUCACCACCGACCUGAGGCAGCGUUGUACAGACAGUCAUACUGGAACCUCGGCCUCUGCACCUAUGGCUGCAGGCAUCAUUGCAUUGGCACUGGAAGCAAAUCCAUCUCUGACCUGGAGAGACGUACAGCAUAUUAUUGUAAGGACUUCACGUGCAGGACAUCUGAAUUCUAAUGACUGGAAAACCAAUGCUGCUGGUUAUAAGGUGAGCCACUUAUAUGGAUUUGGACUGAUGGAUGCUGAAGCUAUGGUGAUGGAAGCAGAAAAAUGGACAACAGUCCCUCAACAGCAUGUGUGUGUGGAGAGCACGGAUCACCAAGCCAAAACAAUACGGCCCGACAGCCAGGUCCACUCAGUAUACAAAGCCACUGGCUGUUCAGAUAAUUCCAACCACCAUGUGAUCUACUUGGAGCAUGUGGUCGUGCGCAUCACUAUCACCCAUCCUCGGCGUGGAGACUUGGCAAUUUUCCUAACCUCUCCUUCUGGAACAAAGUCGCAGCUAUUGGCUAACAGGUUAUUUGAUCAUUCCACAGAAGGUUUUAAAAACUGGGAGUUCAUGACUACUCAUUGCUGGGGUGAAAAAGCAGCAGGUGACUGGAAGUUGGAGAUUCAUGAUACCCCAUCUCAGCUGAGAAGUUUCAAGUCUCCAGGCAAAUUGAAAGAAUGGUCCUUAGUUCUUUAUGGGACAUCCAUCCAGCCUUACUCGCCAAGAAACGAUUUUCCCAAAGUGGAACGAGUGCGCUCCAGUCCAGUCGAAGACCCUACAGAAGACUAUGGGACAGAUGACUAUGCAGGUCCAUGCAAUGCAGAAUGCAGUAAAGUAGGGUGUGAUGGGCCAGGACCAGACCACUGUACUGAUUGUCUACACUAUUACUACAAAUCUAAAAACAACACACGGAUCUGUGUUCCAAACUGCCCACCUGGUCACUAUAAUGUAGACAAGAAACGCUGUAAAAAAUGCUCACCCAAUUGUGAAACCUGUGUUGGAAGCCACAGUGACCAAUGCCUGAGCUGUAAAUCCGGUUUCUAUCUAAAUGAAGAAUCCAACGUCUGUAUUACCAGCUGCCCAGAUGGAUUUUACCUUGACAAAAAUAAGAUUGUUUGCCGGAAAUGCAGUGAGAACUGUAAGACAUGUGCUGAAUCCCAAAGUUGCACAGAGUGCAGACAUGGCCUAAGUUUAUAUGGAUCCAGAUGUGCAGUCCGCUGUGAAGAAGGAAAAUAUCACAAUGGCAGGGAAUGUGAACCGUGUCACCGUUCCUGUGCAACAUGUGCAGGCUCAGGAGCAGAUGCUUGCAUAAACUGCACAGAAGGUUAUUUUUUGGAGGAUGGGAGAUGUGUGCAGUCCUGUAGUGGUGGUUAUUACCUUGAUCACUCUCUUGAAAAUGGAUACAAAACCUGCAAAAGAUGUGAUGCCAGCUGCUUGGAAUGCAGUGGUCAAGGAGACAAAAACUGUACAUCUUGUCCAAAUGGCUAUAUCUUAGAUACCGGCAUCUGUGUAAUUGGAACAGUCUGUAAGGAUGGGGAAUAUGCCGAGCGUGUGGAUCGGUGUCUGUUCUGUGAAGCAUCCUGUUCUAAGUGCACAGGGCCAACUCAGAAUGACUGUAUCGGCUGUGCAACCACAAGAUUUUUUGAUGAUGGACGGUGUGUGCUGCAAUGCCCCAAAGGGAAAUUUGAAUUUAACAACCAAUGCCAUUUGUGCCAUCAUACCUGCAUGGAUUGCAGUGGAAGUGAACCAAACAAAUGUACUGCUUGUGGUACAGACAAGAGAGGGAAAAAACGUUUCCUGUACAUGGGAGAGUGCAGAGAGAGUUGUCCACAAGGCUACUACCAUUCAGAGAAGAACAGCGCCUGUCUGUCUUGCUUAGAGCAGUGUGAAAUGUGCCUCGACUCCACCCAGUGCAACAGAUGUUUCAAAGGAUAUUACCUAGCUGAUAACAGGUGUCUGAAGCACGAGUGUAGAGAAGGUGAAGUGGAGGACCCUAACUCUGAAGACUGCGUGCCAUGUGCAGAUGGAUGCCGGAGUUGUCAGCUGGAUGACCCGAGAAUAUGCAGAGCAUGCAUUCACAAUUACUAUAUGUAUAAGCAGCAUUGCUAUAAGAACUGCCCUGAGAACACCUACGAUGAUGAGAGUACUCUCCAGUGUAUAGAAUGUGAUGAAAACUGCAACAGCUGUGACCAGUACGAGUGCUACUGGUGUAAAAAAGGCUUUUAUCUCUUAGAUGGGAAAUGUGUGAGUGACUGCGGGGCUGGUUUCUACAGUGAUGAGGACUUUGCAGAAUGUGAAGAGUGCCAUAGGACCUGUGCAACAUGUGAAGGGCUCAACUUUGAUGACUGCACCAGCUGCAAAGAGAAUUUACAACUACUGCAUGGGAAGUGUGUGAAUCCAAAAAACAUGGUAGUGGAGGGGAAAUUCUGGAAUGACUCAAAAAAACAGUUCCAACAAUGUGAUGCUUCAUGUUGGACCUGUGAUAGAGCUGCCGAGGUGUGCACUUCAUGUCCAGAAGGGAGAUUUCUUCUUGCUGAGAGCUGUGUACGUACAUGCCCUCGAGGGACUUUUGGCGACCUGAAAAGUGGGAAGUGUGAGAAUUGCACAGAUGACUGUGAAAACUGCUCUGGCCCCAGGCACUGCCUGAAGUGCCAGUCUCACCCACAGCGGCCGCUCUACCUACAUGAAGGCAGAUGCUUUCAGGAGUGCCCCACGGGGUAUUUUGCUGAAACUGGUACCUGCAUCAAGUGUAGUGGAUCCUGCAAGACGUGUGAAGGAAAUGCCACAAAAUGUCAGUCCUGUGAAAGUCCUUUGCUUCUGGAGCAAUGGGAAUGUAAAAGCUCCUGUUCUGAGAAGCACUUUGCCACCAAUGGAAUCUGUAAACACUGCCCUGAGAUGUGUCAGGAAUGCAUUCAUGAAAGUGCAUGCAAAGUAUGCAUGGACCAGUUUUUCUUGCACAAUGGGAAGUGUCUGCCGGAUUGCCCUUCUGGCUUUUAUGCAGACUCCAGGAGUUGCUCUCCUUGCCAUGAGGACUGCAAAGAAUGUGAUGGGCCUGACUCGGAUGACUGUAAUGAGUGUGCCAGCAGGUCCUUUGUUUUGCACAAUGGCGAGUGCUUUGGAGAAUGCCCAGAAGGAACUUACUAUGAAACAGAGACAGAAGAUUGUCAAGAGUGUGACAGGACAUGUCAGAUUUGCUCCUCUUCCACUGCCUGCCUUACCUGUAAAGAGGGCAUGGUGAUGAACAGCCAGGGUCACUGUGUGACAUCCAAGUAUUGUUCUCUCACUGAGUACCACGAUGAGCAAACUCAGACCUGUAAGCCUUGUCACAAGAGGUGUUCUCGCUGUACAGGGUCUGCUGAACAUCAGUGUCUUAGCUGUCCAAAAAAUCGGCAUCUUCUCAAUACAACCUGUGUAGAAGUGUGUCCUGAUGGAUAUUAUGUUGACAGAGAUGAGGGACGAUGUUUCACAUGCCACAGCACCUGUGAGACUUGCUAUGGAAAACACAACACGCAGUGCCAUACCUGCAGAUCGGGCUGGUACAAACAAGGAAAGGGAUGCGUACAAGUCUGCACAGUUGGAUAUUAUGCAAACAAUUCCAUCGGAUUGUGCGAGAGAUGCCACAAGAGCUGUAAAGAGUGUUUGGGACCUCAGCCCACAGACUGUCUGUCCUGUGAUACAUAUUUCUUCCUGCUUCACUCCAAGAAUGAAUGUCUCCCCUCUUGCCCUGAAUAUUAUUAUGAGGAUCGUGAUACAAACACCUGUGAAAGAUGCCACCCUACUUGCAGCUCCUGUGAAGGGAAGGGAGCUCUCAGCUGUACGUCCUGUGUGUGGAGUUACCAUCUAGCAGGUGGAAUCUGCUACUCUGAAUGUUUUGCUGGAGAAUACAAAGUCCCAGAGAGAGACCAAUCAGAAUGUGAAAAAUGCCAUGAUACCUGCAUAGAGUGUAAAGGGCCUGGACCCCUCAACUGCACUGUGUGUCCAGCUAACAUGAAACUCUACCUAGACGAGGGCCGCUGUGUGCAGUGCUGUGAUGGCUCUAAUCUCACAGAAACCCAGGAGUGCUGCGACUGCAGUGAAACACAAGAUGAGUGUGUAUUACAGACCAUUCUGAACCUACCAACUCAAAGCAAAGGGAAAACUACUUUUUUUGUUGCUACCUCCAUUUUGCUGAUCCUCUGCAUUGGAGCCAUUGUAUUCAUCUGGAGAAGAUCACGAGCCAAAGCCCAGACAGUAAUCAAAGGUGGGUACCAGAAGCUGACAGAUCAUUCAAAACCCUUCCCUUCUUACAAGAGCAACCACCAUGACAGCACCAGCUAUCAGGAUGAUCAAGUGAUUGAGUAUAAAGACUGGGAUAAAGAUGACGAAGAAGAUGAUGAUGAUGAUAUUGUAUAUAUGAGCCAGGAUGGCACAGUCUAUCGUAAAUUUAAAUAUGGACUUCUGGAGGAUGAGGAGGAAGAUGAACUGGAAUAUGAUGAUGAAAGUUAUUCAUUUAGAUAAUUUUUUAUUAAUUUGUGUAUUUUUCCUCCUUACUGCCUUUCUCAUUACAUUAAAUUAAUUUAGUUAGGUUAUAGGGGAUAUAAAAUAUUUCUCUCUCUGCAUGACUGGGCUCAAGCAGAAUUUUAUGUUUAUGGUAAUUCUAAGAAAAAGGGAUUUUAGCUAUACAUACUGUGAAAGCAGAGUUGUUUCUAAACUUUUGUUUCCAAAACAUUUUAUAAAUCCUUGAUGGGUCUUUCAAGCAGCAGUACUCAAGAAAUGGGUUGGCUAAAAGAUUCUUUUUCUGUAUACUCAUGUGUGGAAAUAAAAUAUUUUCCAGUAUGUAUCUGUAAGUGCAUAGGUAUAUAAAACAGACACACGUAUCCAACUAGCACUUGCCAAUCCCUUUUAAAAAUAUACUGAUAUAAACAAGACAGGCAUAUGUAUAGAUGUCCCUGGGAUAGGAUGUCACUUAAUUGUUUAUUUCUGUGUGAUUAAAGUUUGUACUGUAGUUCACAUUAUAAUGUGAUUUUGCAUAUUUUACUCUCUUUUCCUUUCAUAGUAUUAUCCAAAGCACUGGUAAGCCCCAAAAUCUGACACAUUUCUAUAAUCUUUAAGUGCAUUUCCUCAAAAAUUUAAUAUCUCUGACAUUCAGUUUUAGAUAAAAUUUGAGGUCACUCUGACCCUAUUCCAAGAAGAAUGUAUUGCUGUAGCCAUGGCUUGAAUGAAAAAAAAUCUGAAAUAUUUUAUAUGACUAACUCCUGUUUCACUUUUAUCUUAGUGAGUAUGCAUUUUAAGCAAUAUUUCAUUUUGUACAGACUUAUUUGGACUUAGUACAAAGGAGUGCUUAGUCUAUAAAUAUGUAUGUGGAAAAAUCUUGAGAUUACAGAGAAUUGUCACAGAACAGACAUGAAACAACAGAUUUAUUAAUCCUACUUUUCAUAUCUAUCACAAAUGGCUUUGGAUGUUCAGAUAAUAGGAAAGGGAGUAAUCAACACUGCACUGAAAAACAAAAUGAAACAAUGGAAGACAAUAAUGAUCUUUUUAUCAUUAUAGAUUGUAUAAUUUAUUGCAUUACAUGAGAAGACGCUAAACCUGGUUCCUUUGUUGUGAAAGAAUAAACUGAAUCUUUAUACAAAAGCAUGCCAAGAAGGUUGUUAUUCACUAGUAAUAUGGCCUUGUGGCUAAAACCGUGGACUAGGCCUUAGGAGACCUGCGUUCAAUGCUGCACACUGCUACAAAGUUCCUAUGUGAUUGUGGGCAAAUCACUUACUUUCUCAGUCUCAGCUCCCCAGCUGUAAAUCAGAGCUAAUAAUAUUUCUGUAUUGCGUGAGAUUGUUAAUUCAUUAAUGUUUGUGAGGAACUCGGAUACUAUGGUAAGGGAUGCCAUAUAAAAACCUAGACAAUGCAUUUAAUAGUCCUUGUCUCCUUACAAUACACAAUUGGUGUAUACACUUAGAGUAUUUUUGGUUAACACUGAUAGGAGAGCUUUAGAAAUACUUGUGACGACCUGAAGGAAGCUGACUUUCAGUAUAUUUCCAAUAUUCUUACUACUGUCAUUUAUUGGCUGGUUAAAGAAACGCCUCUAUAAAGUCCAUUUUGCUCCUUCAGGGUGCGCUCACGUAUUUUAAAUCUUCUCUGGGCCACUAGGUGUGUAGUCCCAAUGGAUUACAAUUACCAUGGAUCUCCCCUACAGGAGGAAUUUAGAGCCAAGUGAAAUGUACCCACCUAACUCAGACUAGGGAACACCCGCCUUUCCCCUAUUUAUGCAAUGUCUGAUGUUAUAUAGACUCCAUGUAAAAUAUGCUAUGGAACACUUUACAUAAGUACUAUCAACUACAGGUUAUGCCUAGCAAACAGAGUUAAAAGUUUGGUUUAGGUAGUAUAUUAAAUUCUGGAUGAAGUUAGGAUUGUCAAAUCAACAGCCCAUUCACUUUAUUAAAGGAAAAAAAUCAUUAAUUCAGGUUUCUUU